CAUUUUUCUUAGUAAAGACUAACAUCUGGCGUUGCAUGCUCGCUGGCCAUGACAAUCCUAGGCCUGCAAUGUUCCCACUACUACCGUAAUGCUUUAGGUAGUCUGCACACCCUUUCCCACUCUUUGAAACCCCCAGUCUGUAUAUAGCUUCAACCGCCCCCCAACUCACAUUCUGAUCUCUUGACCUUCGUCCUGCCUGUGCCAUAUACAGGGCCUUUGAGUUCCUGGUCAAUAUACCUUCACCUAUACUCUUCUCCUCUCCUCUCAUCUCACCUCAUCUCUACCGACGUCCCACCCAACGUCGAUACCUUGAGGUUGACUUUAUACCGACUGUCGAAUCGAGUUUAAUCGAACCGAGUGAAUUUAAUUUUCACUGGAUCCGAUUAUCACCGAAGCUCAAUCCCGAGCAGUCGCUUGAUGAUUUUGGCUUCAGCUCGGAAGCGUAUAUCUUCCAAGCUCAACAUCCGCUCACCUUCUCUCCUUCCACCAGACCUUUGGACAACAUUGGUGUGAUUUUACUGAUACUUGUCAGCCUCACUUCACCUCCCUCUGACGUCUUCACAUACAGACACAGAAUGGAGAUAUAGCCAUGAAGGACUCACACCUCCAAGCUCUCAUCAUUGUCCUCGCGACCGUGGUUCCCGUCACCGCCAUCACCGCAGUCGGAUGUUUCCUCUACCGCCGCAGCCGCCAACGCCGAUUUCUCUUUAUGAACAGAGGCAUCACUCCCAUCGGCGACGAGGAAAUUGAGUCGUGGAAGAAGGACAGGAACCAAGAAAAGGCACGCAUCAUCGAGGCUGCAAACAACGAAGCCAAUGAUCUAGAGCGGCAACUCCAGCACCAGAGACAGAAGAGCACAUCGUUUAGUUCCAUACGCAAACCUCCGAGUGUUAUCGUCUACGAUCGUCCUCAUCCCCGAGUCUCUGAGGAACUUUCACCACGCUCACUUCACCACAAGCGCAGCAUCGAUACCCCUUCAACCCCAGUCGUUGCCCGUGCUCCCAAUUCUCGCCCCGGUCUGACUGAUGAGGCUGUCCAGGGUGAAGAUGCCUUCAUCCCACCUGUGAAGCGUCAGCCUUCACGAUUAGCCAAGCUUCCUCCCUCUGCUCGCCACAGUCGAACUCGCAGCAGUCGCAGCAGCACCAUGAGCGCAGUGUCGCCCCGUGAUCCCUGGCACGGUCACUAUCCCGAUGCUUUCUUCGGCACUCGCAGUUCCAGCGAAUACCUACCCAGAGCAAAUCGGUCAUUGGAUAUUCGACGACAGCACCAGCGAAUGCAUUCCAUGUCAAACAUGAACCGACUCUCAUUCGACGACGAAGUCUUCCUGGGAGGUCUCUCACCGCGACCUUUGAUUCGCAAAUCAGAGAUUGGCAGGGCCAUCGGCUGAGCCAGAAGAAUCUGGCGAUACUGUCACUGAGAACCAAUACAACACAACACAAUACGACAUGCAUACCCUUGUAUCGUUGAUUACCAUCCCGAGCCGUAUCAAGAAACGGUUUCCGUGACGGCUUGUUUCAACCCCCGUCAAACCCCAUCAACACCCCAGUCACAGUCAAAAUUGGCGGGGCCGAGAUCAUUUUUGACCCAUUUCUAGAAGGACUAUAUCCGGUCCAUAGAAACAUUGCCAUUCCAUUGCCGCUGUCACUCGGAGGCAAUUCGAUCGUGAUGGGCCCCCGGCAUUAACCUGAAGAUAUUGCUUCAUCUCGUUAAUGACCAAGAGAUUCGGCUUUAUGACGCUCGACGCAACUCUAUCCCAAGCCUCGACCUCAAACACCCACUUACAUUCUCUUCACGAAUACGCAAGAACCCACUGUCAUUUUCGAUCUUCGCUUCUCACUCCUCUCCUAGAAGAGGCAGUAACUAUGAGGCCGGUUGAGUCCGCCUCAUUUUACCCUUGGCAUUUGGAUGCUGGGGGGACCAUGGUUUUAUGCGCUGGCGUCUAUGCCCGGUGCUGGAACACGGAGGAAUUUGUGUGCAUUUUAAUGACGGAUAUACCCCAGACUUUCCUUUAUUUUUUCUUUUUAUGUUAUCAUGACCAAGCGAGCAAGUGAUAUGAACGGAUACGAGACGGUCCGUUUCAUGCGAUGCAGAUGAUAUCCACGGCUGACUCGAGCCUGGCGACGAGAGUUCUCCUAUUAAGAUAAGGAGCUGGACAGACCAAUGCGUCCUUGGCACUAUCAAUCAUGUGCCAAACACCUACACGAAAGCUAUAUAUAUAGAUAUGCACUCCAAUUCAAACAGAUUGACAACAAGCCCUCCCUCCAUGCUUCUCCUAAACCCUUGCUUGAAUCUUGGGCGCAUCGGACUGAUAGACGAAGUAGUAUCACUGACGCAAUUAAGAUGAACAAGAUUAAACUUUAGAUCGACAUAGUUAACCUUGUACCAGUCACGUUCUAAAACGUCUUUAUGAAGUUUAAUUGAUAUGCCUUUGGCUUUCC